AUGAAUGUACUGAGGCUUGAUCAUUCUCUACUCUUCAUGGUAUCAGUGACCGACGGAUCCACCCUGUCUAAUCCGUUCGCCACCACCUCUGCUGCCAUGGCCCAUUCGCCUGCUCUCUCCUCCGCCUCUUCUGCUUCCUCUGAUGAGUUCUCCGACGCCGCGCCUCCCCAGCCAGCAUCGGCCGCCGUCAUCCAGACGGUGAACAUCCGCUCCCAGAUCGUCCCAGGCACGGACAUGGCGUAUCUCCUUCUCUACGUCGAUGACAUGAUCCUCUCUGCAUCAUCAACGUCCCUACUACAACAUGUUGUCGCCCAGCUGCGUACAACAUUCGCCAUCAAGGACAUGGGGUCUGUUCGCUACUUCCUCGGCCUUGAGGUUCAGCGGUCUGCCACUGGCUUCUUCCUCAUCCAAGCAAAGUAUGCCGACGAACUCCUUCAGCGUGCCGGGAUGACCUCCUGCAAGCCGGUUGCGACGCCAUCCGACACCAACCCGAAGGCGUCGUCGUCCGAUGUCUCCCUGAUCGCCGACCCGUCCUGGUACCGCAGCAUGGCCGGAGCGCUGCAGUACCUGACGCUCUCACGGCCUGAUCUCGCCUACGUCGUCCAGCAGGUGUGCUUACACAUGCACGCGCCACGCGACACUCAUCCCUCCAUGCUUAAACGCAUACUGCGCUACGUCAAGGGCACACUGCACUUCGGUCUUCAUCUGCACGCCACCAAGCCGACGUCGCUCACGGUGUACUCAGAUGCCGACUGGGCAGGAUGCCCCGACACGAGGCGCUCUACAUCAGGCUUCUGCAUCUACCUUGGCGACACUCUUGUCUCGUGGUCCUCCAAACGCCAGAACACCAUUUCCCGGUCGAGCGCGGAGGCCGAGUAA